AAUGUUGUCAAUCUGUUAUUCCAUGGCCAAGGCCACCAUUAUAACAAGUUUUUAAGGAAAUUCUUCCCAUCUUUAAACGUUAUUGGUUCCAUGCGUUGGAAUGGUCAUACGUAACAUGCUCGAAAUUGAGUCACCAUCCAUGAAUAUGUUAGAUUCAAAAAACAACAACGUAAUUGGAGCCCAGUGCGAAGCGAAAAUGGACAAAACAAUUCAUUCUGGUCAUUUUAUGGCGACUCGCGUGCACAUCAAAUAUGAAGAUGAUGAUGAUGAAGAUGCUGUUGAUCUGGAGACAAAAGGCUUUGAUUUUCUCACGGCUACAAAAGAGACUUUUCGCACUUACCGCUUUGGGCCGCGAAGCACCCAGACCCUUGCGAUUGAUGCGUCGCUCACCAAUCUUUUUAAGUGCAUGACACUCGCAUACAGUGGAAAGAUUACAUCACCAAAAUGGAAUGCAUUUCGGGGAAUGCAUCUUCAAGUGAAAGACAAGAUUCGCCUGAACAAUAUCAUCUGGCGGGAAUGGCAUAUGCAAUAUAUCUAUUGCAAGAAACCAAUUGUGUGUCAAUUUGCUACACCACUGUCAGAUGAUAUUCACACUAAGCCAGAGGCAGUGGUUUUGGAGGGUAAAUACUGGAAACGACGUCUUGAUACUGUGACAGCGACAUACAAGAAAUGGCGAAAAUACUUCAAGGACAGAGUAUCUCAUGACCAUGAGUCAGACAUGCAGCAGGGUGUUUCAGUGGACACUCUCUUGGAGAAUGUGAAGGACAUUGAUGCAUUGUCACAGUCCCUGCAGAAACCACAGGCUGCCACGGAUCUGCAGCUCAAAGGGGAUGAAAUGGACUGGGAUCUCAACAUAUUCGCAAGCCUCAAUCAGCCUUUUGCCUUUCCCAACCCCAGAGAGCUGACUCAGCUUGGUUGUUCUGAUCUCAUUCAACCCGGCCUGAUGGGACUUCAGCCUAAUCUUGAUGACUUGAUGGACAUUGAUGUUGUGCAAGAAUUGUUGAAUAAUGUGAGAAGUUGCUCCAUGAUGCAGAAUGCAAUGGACCUCAACUCUCAAACUGACCCGUCCCAAGUGGACGGUGCUGCUGCAGGUGCUGAACAGCUGGAUUUGUCCUCCGACCCAGAAAUAUCAAUACUGUUACCGACAUCGCCUUACAGUGUCGAUUCAGAACUGUGCACAGUAUCUAGUCUUCCGUAUGGUUUGGCGGACCCCAUCGACACAGGGCAGGACCAACAGCCAGGACUGUCACUCUUACAGUCAGCUCUGCUGGGCAACUCGAAGAGAUCUUUUAACCCUGCUGCUCAGAACACUGUUGUGCCACUUGUUGUGAAACCCCCGGUGGAUAUGGCCAGUGCCGGUCCACCUGUGCAGGUUGUUCCAAGCAACAACGUGGGCCUCAGGACUGAUAUUGCUCAAACUGCUCAGCUGUCACCAUCGCCGCCCACGUACAAACCACCACCUCAACAUGCAGGAAAAGUGCCUUCACCUCGUAGCAAGGGCAGACAAGCUACUUCAUCAGCCACCUCAUCAAAUAAUCAAGUGUUGACAAAGAGAAGUGAUGGAUUUGCUGUUCCUACUGGCAAGCCAGUCCAUCCACAUCGUAAACACAGAAAUAUUGCCCCAGCUCCAAUAAACACUGCUACUCCAUCCAAUCAGAACACAUUUUUGGCCCAACUUCUUACUAAAGGUACAUAUCCAGGAGCUCUGACAAGUGUUAAGAAAGAGCCAGUCACAGCAUCACCAUGUGGAAACCCAGUAACUACAACUGCCUAUCAGCCCAUUCUCCCAGCAGAUCCCAGCCGGGCCUUUCCCACCUCGACAGCAAUUCCAGUCCAUCCAGCACAAGCAGGCACCACAUUUCCAAUCACCAUGCCAACCGGGAUAGCAAUAGAUAUUUCAAAGGUUGGUACUGAUUUCCCCACUAGUAUUCUUAUUGCUGCUGCAAGCCAGGCUUUAGGCACCAGCACUGUUACCAUCAGAGACAACUGCAGCCACAAAAUAGCUCCUGGAAGCAACCUAGUCACCGUGACAACACUGCCAGCUGUUACUCCUCUUUCAGAGGUGUCUGCGAACCCGGUGCAGUUCACGACAACUCCUGCAUAUAUCGGCACAAUCUCUACUGCCGAGUCACUGCAGCAGGAUGACUCCCCUCAAAUAUUGAGUGACUCCAACUCCCCCCAGUCCGACGAUCCACUGUCUCCGUUAACUGGUCUUGCUAGUCCAGUAAAGUCAAGUCUCGACCACCCCAAAGAAAAAUACCCGGAACAUAGACGUGCAGCUCAUAUUACUGCUGAGCAGAAAAGAAGAUGCAAUUUGAAGACUGGAUUUGACACGUUGCACACAUUAAUCCCAGCUCUAGCUGCCAACCCCAAAGUUAGCAAAGCCACAAUGCUACAAAAAACUGCUGAUUACUGCAAGAAGCUGCGGUCUGAACGUAUGCAGAUGCAGAAAGAAGCAGACAUCCUCAAACAUGAGACCGAAUCUCUCAAUAAUGCUAUAAGUGUCGUCCAGUCACAGCUGCCUGACACGGGUGUACCCAUGACACGACAAAGAGUGGACCACAUGAAGGAAAUGUUUGAGGAAUAUGUGAGGAAGAGAACUCUGCAGAAUUGGAAAUUCUGGAUUUUUUCUGUUCUCAUUGGAUCAUUGUUUGAUUCGUACAACAACUCAGUGUCGACGUCCAGUACUGAUGAACUGUGUCGUACUGUCCUCGCUUGGCUUGACCAGAGCUGUUCUCUAGUCGCUCUUAGACCAAUGGUUCUUAAUGCCUUGCGUCACCUCAGUACAACUACCAGUAUCUUGACAGAGCCAGCAAAAGUUAAGGAGCAAGCCACUGAAGCUGUCACUAAAAACUCAAAAAUUCGCCAUCGCAGAUCAUGAUACAUAAAUUAAAAACUUCUUCUUUUUUUUCCCCUAAGUGUUGGCUCCAAGCAGGAGCUAUGAGAAGUGAAACUAUUUUUUGAGAAAAAUGAUAAACUGUGAUAUUAUAUUCUACAAGUGCUAUGGAAGGCCAGUUCUAGUAGUAUUGGUUCAUAGUGUCAUACUUCAGAUUGAAAGUACGGCACUUUGGGCCUGCCGGUGACGGAAGGAAAAUAUUGAAAAUAGUUCAUGUUACUUGUUUCUAGUUGAAGUGUAAAACAAGUGUUGUGAUGUCAGCUGUUACGUAUGUUAGAGUUAAUGUUGAGAAAAAUGUCAUAGAAAGAAGUGCAAUGAAGCAGGCUGUCUCAAUUAAGCAAUAAGGUGAAUUGCCAAAAGUUGUCAGAAAUUUAACUUUUUUUACUUCCAGACUCUUGGGUUUUCAAGAAGUUACUAAUUUCUUUUUUGGUUGUUUUGUUUGUUGUUGGGGUUUUUGGAGGAAAGGGAUGGGAAAUUCCUGAAAAUAUAAUUGUAAAUGCUAGAAGCCAAAAUGAUUUUUAUAUAUAGAAGCUGUGUAUAUAGUGUCUUUAAUUUAUAUUUUAGAAAUAUUCAAGCUAUAGUCUGUUAUUAGCCAAAAUGCUUGAGUUUGAUUUACAAAAUAGGUGUUAUGUAACUGCCAAUGAAUGUAUAGACAUGUACAAAGCUUGCAUUUCAGAUGGGUUUUUUUGUUUUUAAGCUAUAUUACAGUAUUCCAGUUUUGAAUUUCAGUGUUGUUUAAGGCUUCUGUUGUACAGUUGGCAUCACAUUUUGUUAAUAAAUUCAUUUUCAGUGCA